GCGCAUGCACGGCUCAGCUGGUAUGUGAUGAAGGCGAUAUUUCGCCAAGUACAAUAAUGCAUUUUUACUGUGCUUUUAACGUAUUAACCAAGUGCUGGACGCUGUACUGUUGGUAAUGGAAUCAUGGACCUUGAUGACAAACUCGCAGCGCAUAAAAAAAUGAUGAUUAGUACUUAACUGAAUGGUUAAUGAGGAACGAUUGGAGUUUUGGGAAUUUUUGGGUUUUACAUUAUUUUCAUUUUAAAUGUGCCACAAACGGAGGUGGACACACGAGAACAGCUGGGACUGCUACGUGUCUUUGAUACUGUUUUUUUGAGGGUUUUGAGGAUUUGUUUGAAAAUUAUUUGGGAAUUCUGAGGGUGAGGAUGGAUUUGAUUGGAGAUGAGGACAGGCGGAGACGUCUCAGAGCACUCGAGGAGAGGAUCAAAGAUCCUCGCAGUGUUUCCAAUAUCGAUUGUCUUCUGGAUACCGUGCAGGCACUUGUUGCUGAUUGUGAACAUCCCAGUGUCAAGAGGAUGAAGAACAUCGAGGCUUAUACGAACAGAUAUGAUUCAGUGGCUCAGGAAAUCUGCAAGAUGCGAAUGCGCACAGACGACUUCACCCUGAUAAAAGUGAUCGGUCGAGGUGCCUUUGGUGAAGUGCAACUAGUCAGACACAACUCCACGCAGAAGGUCUACGCGAUGAAAUUAUUGAGUAAAUUCGAGAUGAUAAAGCGGUCAGACUCUGCCUUCUUCUGGGAAGAACGUGACAUAAUGGCCCACGCAAAUUCCCAGUGGAUUGUCCAGCUGCAUUUUGCCUUUCAGGAUCAGAAGUACCUCUAUAUGGUGAUGGAUUAUAUGCCAGGGGGUGACCUGGUUAACCUCAUGUCGAACUACGAUGUUCCGGAGAAGUGGGCAAAGUUCUACUGUGCUGAAGUUGUUCUGGCGUUGGAUGCUAUUCACCUGAUGGGAUUCGUUCACCGAGACGUCAAGCCUGAUAAUAUGUUGCUCGAUAAAUACGGACACCUGAAGCUCGCGGAUUUUGGCACGUGCAUGCGAAUGGACACUGACGGUUUAGUGAGGUCUGACACAGCUGUGGGUACACCUGACUACAUCUCCCCAGAGGUUCUUCAGUCCCAGGGUGGAGAAGGGGUCUAUGGACGAGAGUGUGAUUGGUGGUCCGUUGGAGUUUUCCUGUACGAGAUGCUCGUCGGAGAUACUCCGUUUUACGCAGACUCCCUGGUGGGCACCUACUCCAAGAUCAUGGACCACAGAAAUUCCUUGCACUUCCCCCAGGAGGUCGACAUAUCCCACUCAGCAAAGAGCCUGAUAUGUGGCUUUCUGACUGACAGGACAAAUCGUCUAGGUAGAAAUGGCGUCGAGGAGAUAAAAACUCAUCCCUUCUUCAAGAACGACCAGUGGACAUUCGAUAAUCUUCGGGAGUGUGUCCCCCCAGUGGUGCCUGAGCUCUCUGGAGACGAUGAUACCAGCAACUUUGAUGAUGUUGACAAGGAAGACACACCUGAAGAGAGCUUCCCUGUGCCAAAAGCCUUUUCUGGCAAUCACUUGCCCUUCAUAGGUUUCACUUACUCCGGGGAUUACCAAUUGUUGAUUAAUAGUUCCGGCAAGGAAUCCGUGGAUGGCAUCAGUGGAAUUCUUGAUAAUCAUAUUAAUAAUGGAGGUGUCACGAUAACGAGUGAUGACCACAAGAUAUCGCAGCUGGAGAGUCUACUGGAGCGAGAGAGGAGGCAAGUGGAGACUCUGGAGGCACGACAUCACGCCCUGACGAGUCAAAUGGAGGCAAUCACCAGGAGGGAGAGCGAGGUGAGAGGAGAGGCUGCUAGGGCUGACAAAGAGUUGACAAUUCUCAGACAUACGUACAAGGAGGUGCAGCGAAGGGUUGAGCACGAGACAGAGGCGAGGCGCAAGGCUGAGAAUCAUCUUGCAGAGUUGAAGAAGAAAUUUGACGAGGAGCAGAGCAGGAGGCAAAGGGACGCCUCCAACUCCCAUCUUAACUCGGAGAGAGUUCUUACUCUGGAGAAGCAGAUUAAAGAGAUGCAGAGUAAACUCGAGAGGGAGACUGAGUCGGCGAGUAGAAUGAGAAAACAGGCGACUGAGGUAACAGUUGCCAGGCAAACUGCCAAACAAAUGGCCAAUGAGUUGCAGGCAGCUAGGGCACAACUCCAGGCGCAGACUGACUCACUUCAGCAGGAGGUGGCUAGCCUUCAGGGACAGCUCUCUAAGGAGCGCAGCUCUAGGACUCAGGAGGCAAAUUUAACUGCUGAGCUCAAGUCCAGGUUGGCUGCGUUGUAUGCUGAGCUCGAGGGCGCUAGGGAGAAAGAGGAAAAGGUCAUGCUGGAUAAUAGAUUGCUGAAUGAAAAGGUGUCGGCGUUGGAGAAGGAGGCGGCUAGCUUGACACUCGAGCUCAAGGCUGCACAGGCUAGGUAUAACCAGGAAGUCGCUGCUCAUCAGGAGACUGAGAGGUCUAGAAUGCUGUCCAAGGAAGAGGCUAAUAUGGAAGCGGUCAAGGCUCUACAAGUUAAGCUGAACGAGGAGAAGAGUGGACGACAGAGAGCUGAACUCCUGGCCCAGGAGAAGGAGAGACAGACGUCGAUGCUCUCCGUGGACUAUCGCCAGAUUCAGCAGAGAUUGCAGAAGCUGGAGGGUGAGCACAGGCAAGAAGUGGAGAAGGUGAAAGGCCUCCAGGGGCAAGUCGAGCAGGAGCAGCAGAAGAGAGACAUUCUCCAGGCGGAAUUGGGCCAGCAGACGUCAGAAGCUGGAAGACUUCGUGCACGUGAGCAACAGCUGCUGGGAGAAGUCAGUCAACUGCGAGAAGCCAAGAGACAGAUUGACGAGGAGCUCAAUACCCUCAAGACUCAGCGAAACGUCGACUUACUCCAAAGCAAGGAACUCCAGGAGCAGCUGGAGGCUGAAGCUUACUUCUCGACACUGUACAAAACACAGACUCAAGAACUCCGCGAGGAGCUAGAUGAAAAGACUCGUCUCCAGCAGGAACUUGAGGAGGAACGAAGUUCUUUGGUGCAUCAGCUGCAGCUGUCUCUGGCUCGAGGUGACAGUGAAGCGCUGGCUAGAUCGAUAGCUGAGGAGACAGUCGCUGAUCUUGAGAAGGAACGAACGAUGAAGGAGUUGGAAUACAAAGACGGUCUCGUCAAGCAUCACCAUGAGCUCACAGCUAAAGAGCAAUUGCUGAAUAAAAUCAAAGAGAGUGAAUCAGAGCUGAAGAAGUCUGUGGAGCAGUAUGUUAAAGAGAAGGAUGAGGCCACUAAGAAGCUCAAGGACUUGCAGGAAUUACUGACUAAGUCCCAGGAGGAGACGGACAAGCUCAAUGCCAGAUUGAAGACGGAACAACUUCUCAAGCAAGAGGCAAUCAGCAAAUUGACGCAGGUUGUCAGCAGAAAGGACUUCUCAGCAACUGGGAAAACCAAGAAUAAAGCCUCUUCAGCUGAUCUCAGGAAGAAGGAGAAGGACUGCAGAAAAUUACAGCAGGAGCUCACACAGGAGCGUGAGAAGUAUGGACAAUUGGCAGCUAAAUGGCAAAAAGAUUUGCAGGAUCUUCAGGCGCAGCUUGUCGAGGAGAACUCCUCGAAAUUAAGACUGCAGAUGGAAUUGGACUCUAAGGAUUCUGAGAUUGAGACACUGCAGAUGAAGAUAUCAUCGAUGAACUCUGAGACUGCCAGUGUUUCAUCCAUCGAGAACGAUGGGGAUGACUCACUAUUACCAGAUCAUGGUGCCAUGAGACUUGAAGGCUGGUUAAAUGUUCCGAAUAAACAGAAUAUCAAGAGACACGGUUGGAAGAAGCAGUAUGUUGUUGUAUCAUCCAAAAAAAUCAUUUUCUACAACAGUGAGCAUGAGAAAAUGAACGCCGAUCCUGUUUUGAUUCUUGAUUUGAGCAAAGUUUUCCACGUGAGGUCUGUGACACAGGGGGACGUUAUUAGAGCAGACGCCAAAGAUAUUCCUAGGAUAUUUCAGUUGCUGUAUGCUGGCGAGGGUGAAGCCAGGCGUCCUGGUGACGAGAGCAAUCCACUGCCAGGAGCUGAACUACCUCAAUUGACUGAUAAGCCAGGGACACAAUCGGUCAAGGGACACGAGUUCAUUUCUAUUUCUUAUCACAUGCCAACUACCUGCGAAGUCUGUUCGAAGCAAUUAUGGCACAUGUUCAGACCUCCACCAGCCCUCGAGUGUCGAAGAUGUCACAUCAAAGUUCACAAGGAGCACCUGGACAAGAAGGAAGAUGCAAUAGCUCCAUGCAAGCUCCACUACGAUCCCAACAGUGCGCGUGAACUCUUGUUACUCGCUGGCAGUCCCGACGAUCAAAAAUACUGGGUCGCCCGACUAUCUCGACGCAUCCAAAAGUGCGGAUACAAGGCAAACUCUCACGUUGAUGGAACAGGACAACGCGUAUCGCCAAGGGAAUCAACAAGAUCAACGUUAAAACCUUACCUCUCUGUUCAACAGAGAUCAGCAACGUUACCAGCUAAUGCGAGUAUGGGAAAAUGACCUUAAAACUCACUUGUGAUCAGUUAGUAACCAGGAUCAUGUUCUGUUCUGUGCUAUUUAAAAGAAGUUAUGAGAGACAGGAGAUACUGAUGGAAUCUCAAUCGCCAAAGGUACACAGAUUAGACAGUGAUACGAGUUGUACGAUGAAGCUCCAUGGAAUAAUGAAUGAUCAAUUGUUGUGAGGGUUCCAGGGAGGCUGGAUACACUGUGUACAUCGAAUCCAUUUGAUAUUUGCCAUUUAAUCUCGAGUCCCCCUUGCCAAGUUCGAGAAAAAUCGAUUCAUUAUUAUUAUUAUUUUUUUUCUAAUUUACGUGACAAAUUCGUCGUUCUUUUCUACUAAUGAUUCUGUUUUUUUUUUUUUACUAUCAACUUGCGAUUCGAUAGGUAAUUGGGAAGUUGAGAGUACAGUCGUCAAACCUAUUGUGUUUAUGAAUAAUCAUAAGUUUCCUUUCGAUGAAUAGAAUCCUUUAAAUUUCAAAUCGUAUAGUAUUAUUAUUUUUAUAUGUAAAAAAGGGUGAAGAGGCAGAAUUAACGUCGUGGUGUGAUUUAUUUUUAAUGAAUCAUGUUAAUGGAUAUGAUAUUUCUCCUCUUUUUAUUAAGUAAUUGUACCUAAAUUCAAUCAAAUGGAAUGGGAUCUCGAUUCAUGGGUGUUUUUUUUUUUAAUGUACAAAACAAAAUGAAUUGAGAUGACUUGCAACAUCACCACGAGUGUCAGAAUUUUGUUGUAAUGUUACUGAGUAGUUGAAAUAAGCGAAGAAUGAACAAUCAAUAUUCGAAGAUAAUAUAAUUUUCAUUGAGACGCGCAUUAAAUGACUAAUCGAUACGAAUUAUUAUAUAAAAAUGUGAGAAAACACAUUCUCGAUGUUUUUUUUUUUUUCUAGUGGUCGUAGAGAUGAGAGUCGUAGUGCCCAUUGAAUCAAGUGGUGCUAGUGGUUUUUUGCAUCUGAUUUUUCGAUGUAAUUUGAUAAUAAUUAUUGGGGGUUUAUUCCUACAGCCUGUAAUUGCUAGUUGAGCAAAAAAUGUUAACCGACUGCUGCCCUGUGCCUUUUUUUCGUUCUCUGCCUCAUCUGUGGGGCAGAAUUUCCCUCUUUAUAUGGAAAAAAAUUCUACAAAUUUUUCUGUACUCUAAUACAGUGAGAUAAUAAGCGAAGUAACUAGAGUAAAGAAUUAAAUAAAAGAGAAAAUAGUUAUUAUAUUGAAUGAUAAAUAAUUGUUGCAACCUGUUUUCUCAAUUUAAUAAGUCUCUCAAUAAUAUUAACGAGAAUAUACGUGUGACAGGCGGUGAAUCAAAGGUUUUUCUUGAGUUAAAGAAGAUGACAGAUGCACGGUGCUGCUGAGUCACGACGACCAACAAUUUCUAAGGUAAAUUAUUGAUAAAUUUAAUGAGAGAAAGUGAAAUAACGAUAAUACGAAAACAACUGAGAAUGCAAAAUACUUGUUACACCAUAUUUUAUUGUUUAGUUAUUUACAAUCUGUAUAAUAUCAAUUAUUAUUACGAUUAAAACUAUUUUGUAGAUAAUAUGCAAAUUUUUAUCAUUUAUAAUUAGCAAUUGUUUUAUGUGUAUUGGAAAUUGUCGUUUGUUCGUUAAUGGCUAGAGAUUCAAUAUUACCCCAAGAAAAAAAGAAAAAUGCUUCUCUACAUUAUUAAUGCGACUAGGACCUCACUGUACUCUCAUUAAUUGGUGAUGAAAAUUUCACGC